GCGCGCUCAGUCUGCCUCUGGUGUCCGCCAGUUGACGCGCCCAGUCGCUGCCGCGUGCGCCAACGUCUGCGGAGAGCCACCUGGAGCGCCAACACACACACGCAGCACAAGACGAGGCAGGCGUCUGCUGCUGCGGGCAUCCACCAUCACCUCACCUGCCGCUCCAGCUCCCCGUCUGUAGGUGACGUCCGUGUAAAUGGGCGGUCGCGAUGUCGAUGACAGCUCCGUGUCCGAGCGAGUGCCUGUCGAACGCGAGACACGAGUGCGUGUGUAAAAAUCUGCGCCGAUUCAAACUGAGACCACUGGACUGAACGGCUUUUUUCUUGUUUACGAAGUGAACCCCCUCUACGUUUACCACGGAGGAAACUACGCUCCACUCGGCGCCCACAGUGACUGAGCCACCGACGAUAUUAGAGUCCAGUGAAGGCCCUCGGCGAAUGGCGUCGGGGGCGGCUGUGGCGGCGACUGCGACGGCGACGGACGCGGGGGCGGCGCUACUGGUGGCGUGCGACGUGGCGCUGCUCUUGCUGUUGGUGGCGGGGCUCGUGGCCAACGCUACGGUGCUGCUCGUCUUCUACCGGCGUCCCGGCCUACGCACCCUGUCCAACAGGUUCGUGCUGAAUUUGGUGGCGACGAACCUGUCUGCGUGCUGCGUGUUCCUGCCGCUGGCGGCCGCAGACUCCGUGCUGUCCCGGCCGCUGUCCGCGCUCUGUUCCGCCGGCCGAGCCGCCGCCGCCGCCACCUGCGCAGCCUCAAUCCUUGGAGUGCUGCUCAUCGCGCUCGACCAGUACUGCGCAGUCGUCGACCCGCUGCACUACCACUCGCGCAUCAACAAGCUGCGCUCCGCAGCCAUGAUGCUGACGGCGUGGAGUGUGGCGCUGGUGUUCGGCGCCCUGGCGGGCAUCGUGCCGGUGGAGGACUCCUCUGGCUCAAGUCUGUGGCAGGCGUGCCUGUACCGGCAUGCGCGUUCCGCUCCCAACACCAACACCACCGCCGACAACACCACCAGCACCGUCAGCGUGGAGGAGCCACAGCUCGAGCGGACUGACUACUCUCUCUACAGGGAGACGUUCGCCGCCUGCUACGCCAUCUUCAUAUUCGCCAUCCCGUUUGCUGGUAUCGCGUGGAUCUACCUGUGCAUCUACUCGGCGGCACACCACAACAGCAAGCGGGCGCGGCUCACUGGUUCUGGUCCGGUGGCAGCCAGCUCGCAGCUGACGUCACAAGUGAGCACAGCGGACGCGUCGGUCGACGCACAGGUGGCGGACUGCCAACCGCUGGCGUCCGUGGCGGAGGAAGCAUCGUGCGACCUGCAGCCGUCGCAGCUGCAACAGCAGCAGCAGCAGCCCACCACCAUCACCUUCUCCGUGUCCGCUGCGCCCGCCUCGGAGGACAACACGGCCCUCCUGCAACAAGUGACAGUGACGGUGACGCCGCCGAGCUCCCCGCAGAAGGGCGCCGGCCCUCCCACCUGCCAGUCGUCGCCCGCGCCUUCGACGCCGCUCUCGCGCGCUGCCAGCGUACGCAGCACGUCGAGCAGCAUCGUGACGUCACUGAAGCACCGCAUCUCGAACGCGAGCGUGUUCCGCUACCGCGAGGAGACGCGGGCCGCGCGCGUCUCGGCGCUCGUCGUGGUGAUGGCGCUCUUCUGCUGGUUCCCCUACGUGGCGGCGCUGCUGCUGCACUCGGGGCUGCUGGUGGCGCUGCCCGCCGGCGGCGUGCCGCACUACGUGGACGCGCUCAGCCUCACCAUGCUGGCCGCGGGCACGGUCGCCUCGCCAUUUCUCUUCGCCCUCCGGUCUCGCCGCGUCCAGCGCGAGGUCCGUCGUAUCUUCGGGCUGCCGAGGCCGUCCGAGGCGGGGUCCGGUACCGCCACGUGCCGUCGGAAGGCGCCCACGUUGAGGCGUCCGCCGUCUGUGCAGGUCCACCACCCCCAGCAGACGCAUCUCACUGCUAACUACAGCCACGUGUCGCUGGACGUAAUGGCCUCCCUGGCGGAAGGCGAGACUGACUCUCUGUCCAAAGACAGUUCCUCGUCGGUGCUGCAGUCGUUGCUCAGUAAAACUAAAUGGGGCACCAAGCAGCCCAAGUGCCGGACUAUGCUGUGCGACUUCGUGCCGGUUCCCGACGCGGCCCUCAGCGUGGACACUUGUCGCAGUUCCUUCUCCAGUGGUGCCAGUACGCAGUACACGUCGUCCACCGUGGACACAGGAAUAGAUGACUGAGAUUGCCAACUGCAGCGGUGUCGUUCGACUGUGUGAUCUUAACGACUGUUCGAAAAAGACACUGUACAGUGCCGCAUUGUGUAUUUGGCAUUUUCUGUAUCCGUAGCCUGGAGUGCGAGUAAAACUGAUACUGUCAAUGCA